CAAAAAAUAAUCAAAAAGCAAAAGAAAACGAAACUUGUUCUUUCCGUGUUGCGUUUUCUCCGUCGAUUCUUCAUCCCAAUUGUACUCACAACACUGUUCAGUUUCCUCUCUCGGCUUCACCGGUUCACAGUUCCGGCGACCUUACCGGCGGCGUUGAUUUCUCUGUCAAAAGAAUGUUCCUGUUUGACUGGUUUUACGGAAUUCUGGCGACCCUUGGUUUGUGGCAGAAGGAGGCGAAGAUUUUGUUCCUUGGGUUAGAUAAUGCGGGGAAAACCACCUUGCUUCACAUGCUCAAGGAUGAGAGAUUGGUUCAGCAUCAACCUACCCAGUAUCCAACUUCGGAAGAGUUGAGUAUUGGGAAGAUAAAGUUCAAGGCUUUUGAUCUGGGUGGUCACCAGAUUGCUCGUAGGGUCUGGAAGGACUAUUAUGCUCAGGUGGAUGCUGUAAUCUACCUGGUUGACGCAUAUGACAAGGAAAGAUUUGCAGAAUCAAAGAAGGAGCUGGAUGCUCUUCUUUCUGAUGAUUCACUAGCAGAUGUACCUUUCCUUAUCUUGGGGAACAAAAUUGACAUACCUUAUGCUGCCUCAGAAGACGAGCUACGUUAUCAUUUGGGUUUGACUGGACUCACUACAGGCAAAGGGAAAGUUAAUAUGGCUGACUCCAAGGUCCGUCCUUUGGAGGUGUUCAUGUGCAGCAUUGUGCGCAAAAUGGGAUAUGGUGAAGGCUUUCAGUGGCUCUCUCAGUAUAUUAAGUAGGGAAAGUGCUCCUAGUUCCUGAUUGUCAUGUAAAAUGGAUACUUGAAUGGUAGUCUUACUUUUUCUUAGUUGCGAGACGCGUGUUUCUACAUUUUGCUAGGGCUUGACAAGCUAGCGUUGCUGUCUAUAUCAGUUAUUAAAACUGCAGAAUUAAUAAAUCGUAGCUUGAAUGUUAGAAA